UGAAACUUGAAAUUGACAGUUCUAAAAGUGGGUGUAAUCAAUAUGACAUUUUUGGUUUUAUGGUAGAAACGUAAUAUUUGUUGAUUUUCCGGUGAUAACUACGAAAUGUAUCGAUAAUUGUUGAAUAAAGGUUCAGAUUUGUUGUUGCGCGCCAAAACUGAACGGAUAAUCAGUCAAUAUGAUUGGCGGGUUAUUCGUUUACAACCAUAAAGGCGAAGUCCUAAUUUCAAGGGUAUACAGAGAUGAUAUUGGGAGAAAUGCAGUUGAUGCAUUUCGAGUAAACGUUAUUCACGCUCGUCAACAAGUCCGUUCACCAGUUACGAAUAUUGCAAGAACAUCCUUUUUUCAUAUAAAGAGAGCAAAUAUAUGGAUAGCCGCCGUAACUAAACAAAAUGUAAAUGCUGCAAUGGUGUUUGAAUUUUUAUUAAAAAUAAUUGAUGUUAUGCAAUCUUAUUUUGGUAAAAUAUCCGAAGAAAACAUUAAAAACAACUUUGUUUUAAUCUAUGAGUUAUUAGAUGAAAUCUUAGAUUUUGGGUACCCCCAAAAUUCUGAUACCGGCGUUUUAAAAACGUUCAUAACACAACAAGGUAUUAAAUCUGCCACAAAAGAAGAACAAGCUCAGAUAACUUCCCAAGUAACGGGACAAAUCGGAUGGCGUCGCGAAGGAAUAAAAUAUCGCCGAAACGAACUCUUUUUGGACGUCCUCGAAUAUGUUAACCUAUUAAUGUCGCCCCAAGGACAAGUUUUAUCAGCGCACGUAGCCGGAAAAGUUGUAAUGAAAUCAUACUUAAGCGGAAUGCCUGAAUGUAAAUUCGGAAUCAACGAUAAAAUCGUUAUGGAAGCAAAGGGUAAAAGUGGACUAUCCGGAGCUUCAGAAUCAGAAGCCGCUCGAUCAGGAAAACCCGUAGUUGUAAUAGACGAUUGCCAAUUUCACCAAUGCGUAAAAUUAUCGAAAUUUGAAACGGAACAUUCCAUUAGUUUUAUUCCACCGGACGGUGAAUUUGAAUUGAUGCGCUACCGAACGACAAAAGACAUCUCGUUACCGUUUCGAGUAAUUCCUCUAGUUCGAGAAGUAGGUAGGACAAAAAUGGAGGUUAAAGUUGUUUUGAAAAGUAAUUUCAAGCCAUCACUUUUGGGGCAAAAAAUCGAAGUUAAAAUUCCCACCCCUUUAAACACUUCCGGCGUUCAAUUAAUCUGUUUAAAAGGGAAAGCUAAGUAUAAAGCGUCGGAAAAUGCGAUUGUUUGGAAAAUUAAACGAUUAGCCGGAAUGAAAGAAACACAAUUAUCGGCGGAAAUCGAAUUAUUAGAAACGGAUACAAAAAAGAAAUGGACCAGGCCACCAAUUUCGAUGAACUUUGAGGUUCCAUUCGCGCCCUCAGGAUUUAAAGUUAGAUAUUUGAAAGUUUUCGAACCAAAAUUGAAUUAUUCCGAUCACGAUGUUAUUAAAUGGGUUAGGUAUAUUGGAAGGAGUGGAUUAUAUGAGACGCGUUGCUAAAAGUAA